AUGCACAUGUUGUGGACAGUCGCUUGGUUUCUUGAAGAAACCUCAAAGUUUUUGGGGGCUGCCACUGUAGUGCAUUGUGCAGAAGUGCAAGUGCUCCCUGGAGAAAGGGGUACUGUCAUCAAACUGAAGGAGAAAAAGUCAAGAGACCGGGAAGUGAAUGGGAUAGCAUGUGUUAAGCAUGUUAACCGAGAAAUGUUUUUGUGCCUGACUACUAGAGGCGACCCCCUCCGCAGCCGCACCCCGCCUCUCCCCGGCAGGCAGGAGGCUGGGCGGCCCCCGGCUCCUUCCCUCCCUCCCUCUCCCCCUCCCUGCCGCGGAAGACAACCUGGUAUUUCGGUUCUGCUUGAGCUGAGACCGGGGGAAUGGGCCCUCCUCCCCCCGGAGUGCCCGCGGUUUGGUAGGGCCCCGCUGCCCAACAGGGAUGCUCGGAGCAGCUGCAGCAAGGACAGGGCUCAUGCAAGCAAAGACCUGGAAGAGCAGUUGCGGUCUGUGUCCAGUGUGGAUGAACUCAUGACAGUACUUUACCCAGAAUACUGGAAAAUGUUCAAAUGUCAGUUGAGGAAAGGAGGUUGGCAACACAACAGGGAACACUCCAGCUUUGACACAAGAUCAGAUGAUUCCCUGAAAUUUGCUGCAGCACACUAUAAUGCAGAGAUCCUGAAAAGUAUUGAUACUGAAUGGAGAAAAACUCAGUGCAUGCCACGUGAAGUGUGUGUGGAUGUGGGAAAAGAGUUUGGAGCAACUACAAACACCUUCUUUAAACCUCCAUGUGUAUCCACCUACAGAUGUGGAGGUUGCUGCAAUAGUGAAGGACUUCAGUGUAUGAAUAUCAGCACAAAUUACAUCAGCAAGACAUUGUUUGAGAUCACAGUGCCUCUUUCUCAAGGCCCCAAACCUGUAACUGUCAGUUUUGCCAAUCACACGUCCUGCCGAUGCAUGUCAAAGUUGGAUGUUUACAGACAAGUUCAUUCUAUCAUAAGACGUUCCUUGCCAGCAACACAAACUCAGUGUCAUGUGGCAAACAAGACCUGUCCAAAAAAUCAUAUUUGGAAUAAUCAAAUUUGCAGAUGCUUGUCACAGCAUGAUUUGGGUUUCUCUUCUCACAUUGAAGAUUCUGACACAUCUGAAGGAUUCCAUAUUUGUGGACCAAACAAAGAGCUGGAUGAAGAAACCUGUCAAUGUGUCUGCAGAGGAGGUGUGCGGCCCUCAAGCUGUGGACCUCACAAAGAAUUAGACAGAUCAUCAUGUCAGUGCAUGUGCAAAAACAAACUUCUCCCCACUUCCUGUGGGCCCAACAAGGAAUUUGAUGAAGAUAAGUGCCAGUGUGUGUGUAAAAAGACCUGUCCUAAACAUCAGCCACUAAAUCCUGCAAAAUGCAUCUGUGAAUGUAUAGAAUCUCCCAAUAAAUGUUUCUUAAAAGGAAAAAGGUUCCAUCACCAGACGUGCAGUUGUUACAGACCACCGUGUACAGUCCGAACGAAACGCUGUGAUGCUGGAUUUUAUUUUAGUGAAGAAGUGUGCCGCUGUGUACCCACAUAUUGGAAAAGACCACUUAUGAAUUAGUGAAGAGAGCACUACUUGCUAUUUUGGUGUACAUUUUUCCAUUAGAAAAAAAGAGCAACAGAAACUUUGCUAAUAUUUGGAAUUAAAUGUUCACCAGAGACCAUGUGGGGCUUUCGGAGACAGACUCAUUGUGCUUUUCUCAAGAUGUGGAAAGCAAAUGUAGAAAAUAACUGAGGUUCAUGUUUUGUAAAGAACUCGAUAAGGACUUAUUUUCUGCCAAUGACCAAACAGCCUAGGUUCUCCUUCUUGUGAUUUUUUUUUUUAAAGAGAUAAUGACUAUAUAAUUUAUUUCCACUAAAACCAUUGUGCAGCAUUUCUGUUUAUAGCAGUAACAAUUGUUAAAGCUCACUGUGAUCAAUAUUUUUAUAUCAUGCAAAGUAUGUUUAAAAUAAAAUGGAAAUUGUAUUAUAUAAUGGUGAGAAUGUUUAAUCACCUGCCUAAAGAAAGGAACUACAAUUCAGCUUUAUUAUCAGGGUUCUUAAAAAGGGGAAAGGCAAUGAGACAGUACUUUUAUGAAAGGAAGAAGACUACAGCCAUUUUUUUUAUACCUGUUGUUAUGUGUCAUUUGAAAUAGAAAGAAUGAUAGUUUUGUCUCUAGAAUGAAACUAGCAAAGCAAGUACAGCUAAUAACCAAUGUAAACAUUGGAGAUCCUGUACAUUGUCCAAGGAUAAGGGCUAUGUCUAAAGGACAGCAGCAACUACUCACAUUCCAAUAUAUUUACCUUCUGUUUUGUUUCUUGUUAGCAUUUCUAAAGAAUAAUAUAAAAUAAUGUCUAUUGAAGGUUAUUAGUAUGAAAGUGGAAAUGCCAGCUAUGCUUUUCAUUUAGUAUUACAGGCUAUAUUGUAAAAUCUACAAGUAAAUAAUUCAGAAUGCUUUGGUGCACUUUACUCUUUCAUAUACUCAAUCCAAUAUCUUGAUCGAUAAUGUAUGUGUGUGCAAAAAUACACUGAAGGAAAAAAAUACAAUUUAUAUUCCAAUGGGGGUAUGAAAGGACUUCUACCAGUCUGGUAUGGAUUGACAUAAUCUACAGAAAAAAUUGUCAGGACUUCUCUUUAUUAAAGAGAAUGCAAAAUCAAAUAUCUACAAUUCUAAGAAGAGGUAAGAUUUUCAACUUGUGUGGGAAGAACAGUGUGCAAAGAACAAUCUAUUCAAAACUAAAAUAGUUUAGAAGUUGGAAGAAAGCUGUUAAAUUAUGGAAAAAUUAUUGGGUGAAGAAAUGAAACAAGAAAAGCUGCAAAGCAAGAUUUAUGUGACGGGGGGGGAGUGUGCGGAACUCUGAAAAUAAUUUUAGGUGUCAGUGCUUGUUCUAAGCAGCUGUUCUUAAAAGUUAUUAAUGAAAUAGUAUUAUUUCUGAUUAUUUCCUAGGCAGUUGUGGGGUUGCUUUUCUAGACUCUUUCCUAUUAGAUAUCAGAAUUCAUAAAACUGAGUGAAAGCUACUUUUAAUUACUCAGUCCCCCUCGUGAGUUGAGACAGUUUAACAAGUAGGCAGGAUGAGAAGCAGUUUGAGAGUUCACACUUUCUACUGUAUGUCUGAUGUCCUCAGUGUUCUUCCCAAGAGGCCAGCUAUUGAAGGUUAGGCAAACAAAUACUGCGGAAUGUCAUUAUUACUAUAUUGCCUCAGCAAUCAAAUGCUGGUAGAAUUCCUGAUAACAAUGUAAUGUUGAUACACAACUUUAGCUAGUAUAACACCAAAUUCACAUUGGUUGGAUUAGUAGUCAUGCAAAUCAUCAGUGUCUAAACUGGCACUGUCAAUCUAAUAGCGAAAAGUUAAUAGUCAAAACUUCAUUUAGUAUUACUAAAGACCCAGACAUCCACUUCUAUAUGUCAGCUGCUUGAAGGAAGCAUAAAAAUCCUAAGAAAUCAAUUAAAGAGCAAACUAAUGAAGACUUGAGAAAACAAACUGUAGGUGAAGCUCCCAAAAUAAGCUUUUUAAUUUCUGUCCAAGCCCAAUACAGAAGAGAGGCAGUGGGGGUAAGGACAAACCAAAUCUGAAACCAGGAAUAGAUGCCAAGCAAGCCAGUAACUAACACAUAAAAUAUGUACUUGUGGUUAAAAAGGAAGAGGGCACAAGUGAAGACAGAGCCAAACUGCAUUCCAACAAGUAAUUCUAUGUAGAUUAUAAAAAGUGCAUGUUACAAUACUGUGCAAAUAAUAAUAAUAAAAAAAACCCUACUAAACUGAGCAAUGCUCAUUUUACGUGUCUAAACUAUUUGACUAAAGUAAUGAAAACAGCGCUAAUAAAACCAUUCUGGCUAAGCAGAUAUUUGUAUUUCUACUGAGCAUGCUACACUCCAAAAUGAUAAAACCCAUCAGGGUAGGGAAGGGAAGACAGGGAGUUUAAAAAUGACAUCACUGAACAGGAAGCUCCAACUUUAUAACAAACAUUAGCAUUCAGUAAGAAUUACUUUCCUGAAUGCAUUUUUUUCAAUUUCUUACCUUUGCAAAUAUUGAGACCUUUGGACAUAAAGUAUGUAAAUCUUUGUGAAGAUCUAAAUGUAACUAAAAUCUAAAGAAUGUAAACAGUUGACUUCUAAAACGUACUACAAAUCAGGUUUAUGUGCGAGCAAAGUGAUUCAUCAACUGUUCUCAAAGGUAUGCAAAUGAGUAUACUAAUAUAUGCAAACAGUUGAUAGCAUUUUGUGGUA